AAUUCNUUUUUACGAUAAAAAGAAAAUUCUUGGAUAAAGAAAGUAUGGGUCAAAGCGGCUCUUCUAAUAGGAGAACCCUUUUUGGCAAUGAUUUUGAGAAAUUGAAAGAGGAGUCCGAUUACGUAACGUUGGUUCGUGUGAUUCCCAAACAAACCAAUGAUUUAAGUGGUAAUCCAAACAUUCAGAUUAAUAACAACAAUGUAAGUGUUGAGCGACGCGUUCGUCGGCCCAUCGCUACCCUCCCGAACCCGAUUCGGCCGAAGACCACAAUAGAGCCUAACGUUUACUGCGAUUUAAAAGAUUAUUUGCGACCGAAAUCUAAUUUGAUUGCAAACGAAGAGCUCAAUGAUUGCAAUCCAGACGAGAAUCUGUUGGGAAUCUUCACUACAAACACGAUCUCACGGCCAGUGAGUUAUGCGAACCACUGUUCGGUGCGAUGUGUUUGCAGUGACUGUCGCCUAACGCGAUAUCAUUUGCUAAACUGGUUAUUACCGAACUGUACGCGAACUAACGCAGAGCGACUCCUUAUGGCCAGACCUGACGGCACUUUCUUAGUUCGGAAAAGCGAGAAAUUUCCCAAUCAAUACACGCUGUCAUUUGUAUGCGGGACAGCCAUCAGACACUGUCUAAUACUGCGCUCAGUUUACGGAUAUGGUUUGAAAGAGCCAAAAUUCUUGGAUAAAGAAAGUAUGGGUCAAAGCGGCUCUUCUAAUAGGAGAACCCUUUUUGGCAAUGAUUUUGAGAAAUUGAAAGAGGAGUCCGAUUACGUAACGUUGGUUCGUGUGAUUCCCAAACAAACCAAUGAUUUAAGUGGUAAUCCAAACAUUCAGAUUAAUAACAACAAUGUAAGUGUUGAGCGACGCGUUCGUCGGCCCAUCGCUACCCUCCCGAACCCGAUUCGGCCGAAGACCACAAUAGAGCCUAACGUUUACUGCGAUUUAAAAGAUUAUUUGCGACCGAAAUCUAAUUUGAUUGCAAACGAAGAGCUCAAUGAUUGCAAUCCAGACGAGAAUCUGUUGGGAAUCUUCACUACAAACACGAUCUCACGGCCAGUGAGUUAUGCGAACCACUGUUCGGUGCGAUGUGUUUGCAGUGACUGUCGUCUAACGCGAUAUCAUUUGCUAAACUGGUUAUUACCGAACUGUACGCGAACUAACGCCGAGCGACUCCUUAUGGCCAGACCUGACGGCACUUUCUUAGUUCGGAAAAGCGAGAAAUUUCCCAAUCAAUACACGCUGUCAUUUGUAUGCGGGACAGCCAUCAGACACUGUCUAAUACUGCGCUCAGUUUACGGAUAUGGUUUGAAAGAGCCGUACAAAUACUCAACACUACAACAGUUUGUAUUGCAUUACGCAAAGCAGUCGCUCUCGGAAUUCAAUUGGAAAUUAAACACUACUUUAAAACAUCCAGUUUUCGCUUGAAAUUCAAACAACAUUCAGAUUAUGGAAAAAAUUAAUGAAUUCCGGAUUUGAGUCAACAGUUAAAG